GUUGAAGAAGCUUGACGUUAAUUUGACGCCAUAUUGAUUUGAAGGGGAAAUAAACGGGUUUAUUGAAGAGAGGUUUCAGUUUAAAUCCGUCAUCAUCGCUCAUUGUCGCACAGCCUGCAGCCCAAAAAACCACAGCUAGCAAAUCUACGGCGUUUGACUGUCAACAGCAUUUCAGUAGGAGGAGACGGAGGCUUGUAUAAGGGCGAAACAAACCCUGCAAUCUUGCUUGAGAACAGAACUCUCUCUCCAGAGAAAUUUGAAGAAAGCCACAGGAGAGACUCGUUUUUUUUCGCAGCUACGACACUGACAUCACGUCGUUCUCCAUUUUUCGCCUUUGUUCUGGUUGUUAAUAUUUUUGCAUCAUGGCUUGUGGUGCCACUUUGAAAAGGACUAUGGAUUUCGACCCGCUCAUGAGCCAGGCGUCCCCGAAAAGGAGGAGAUGCGCCCCAAUGUCCCCGUCAGCGUCCACUUCAUCCCCGCAGAAAUAUCUGCGUAUGGAGCCGUCUCCGUUCGGAGAGGUGUCGUCCAGACUCACAACAGAACAAAUCCUCUACAACAUAAAACAGGAGUAUAAGCGCAUGCAGAAGAGGAGGCACUUGGAGAGCAGCUUCCAGCAGACAGAAGCUUGCUGUUCCACUGAUACACAGCCUCCUGCCUCUGUUCUCGGUGGAUCCUCUGUGCCAGGCACAUCAUCAGGGCCAUUAUCGCCAGCUAAAAAAGAACAGCCUUUAUUUACUCUAAGACAAGUUGGAAUGAUUUGUGAACGAUUAUUGAAAGAGCGAGAAGACAAAGUUAGAGAGGAGUAUGAAGAGAUUUUGACAACAAAACUGGCAGAACAAUAUGAUGCAUUUGUGAAAUUUACACAUGACCAGCUAAUGCGGCGAUUUGGAGAACAACCCGCUAGUUAUGUCUCCUGAAAGAGACCCUGCUUGUAUUCUGCCAGUUCUCUUGAUUGCUGCAAGCUGGGUGUCGUUUGUUCAGACUCAGCAGUGCCAUAUUUCCCCUGUGGGCACACGCAGGCUGUUUCAAGCUUUUGUCAGUGGUAACCACUUUUUCUUCAGCAACUGGUUUUGAGGUGCUCCCUGAUGUUAAAAUGUGUAUAUGGACCUCUGCUACUAUUACUCUACCAGUGGCCUCCUGUAUUUAAUUUGCUGUAUAAAGAUUGAUUAGGCUUUUUUCAGAUUCUUCUUAUAAAAACAGCUGGCAUUCCUGAUAAUGCCCCUCAUUUGAUCUUGUGUAUGAUAAAAGCAGUGUAGAAUGCCAUGUCAUUUUGCAAAUCGAUCCUAUGUAUUUAGACUGGGAAAGGAAUGGGGGUUGGAGGACAAAUGGAUAAUUCCUUGUGUUGCAGGUGCCCGAUCUUAUUUUGGACUUGAAGGAUUAAGGAUGGGAUUUUUGUGUCCCAGGACAUUUAUGGGUUUCACAAUAGGUUAACAGAUUACAUUUUUUUGAUUAUUUAUUCUAGCAUACUUUUAACAUUUUUUAUUUUCUCUGCAUUUUUUUUUUCCACUGUAAUUGUUUUACUACCCAUGUAGCGUAAUGGACUUCAGUUGAAAUUAAAUGUUUACAUUUGA